AAAAACUCACACACACACACACACACACUUUUUUUUUUUCCUCCUCUCUUCAAGCCUACCAAAUGGGACACUUAAAAUCCUUCUCCAUGCACAGCCUUCUCUUAGUCAUUGCUUCCCUAGUCUUUACACCCACCAACGCAAUCACCUUUACGAUAAAAAACAACUGCUCCACCACUGUAUGGGGCGCUGCAGUACCCGGUGGUGGCCGGCAAAUGGAUCCUGGUGCCAUAUGGACUGUCACUGCCAACCCUGGCCAAACAGGAGGCCGCAUUUGGGCCCGUACUGGGUGCACAGUCACGGGACCGAAUGGGCUCCAGUGCAAUGCAGGAGACUGUGGUGGACUACUCCAAUGCACAGGUUAUGGAACACCCCCUAAUACUUUAGCUGAGUAUGCCUUAAAACAAUUCAACAAUUUGGACUUCUUUGACAUAUCUUUGGUUGAUGGGUUCAAUGUGCCCAUGAGUUUCUUGCCUGUAAGUGGAAGUGGGUGCAGUAGAGGGCCUAGUUGCAGUGCUAAUCUCAACAACGAGUGCCCCGCUCCGCUUAGGGCGACCGGAGGGUGUAACAACCCUUGCACCGUGUUUAGAACUAAUAUGUACUGCUGUAAUUCUGGGAGCUGCGGCCCAACUGACUACUCCAUGCAUUUCAAGAGUAGAUGUCCUGAUGCUUAUAGUUAUCCCCAGGAUGAUGCUACUAGCACCUUUACUUGCCCUACUGGUACCAACUACAUGGUUACAUUUUGUCCUUGAUCAAAUCAUAUAUAAACUCUGAUCUCUAAUAUAAUAUUUAAUGGAAUAAUUUGGAUGAUACUCUUAUGUAUAUGAUAUCCAGAGACCAGAUGUACUCAUCUUGCUUUCAGUGAGUCACUGAAUUGCAGGUGUAUAUUUAUAUAUACUUCAUCAAUUCUAGUACUAUUGCAACAUAAAUUUAUUGCUA